AUUUUUUCCCUUCUCCCCUUCCCCCACCUCAGCAGAGUAUUCCGCAUAAUUUUGCGCUUUUGGUGCAGUACAAGGGAGAUUCAAGCUUGAAGCCUUCAACAUGGCUGGUCGUUUUGAAGAUGAUUUCUCUGGAAGGUCUUCAGGUUACCGUGAUCAAGGAAAUAGAGGAAGCAGAAGUGGAGGACAAAGUUACCGCAGUGGCAACUCGGGCAAGCCCCUCCCUGAGGAGCCCCCUUUCACAGCUUACGUAGGAAAUUUGCCUGAUGGCACUGUACAGGGUGACCUCGAGAACAUGUUUGAAAACCUUACAGUUAAGAAUGUAAGGAUGGUCCGUGACAGAGAGACUGAUCGCUUCAAAGGUUUCUGUUACGUUGAAUUUGAUUCCCAAAAGGAUUUAAUCCAUGCAUUAGACUUGGAUGGUGUUCUCUGUGAGGGUAAAACUCUUCGUGUUGAUAUUGCUGAGGGUCGCAAGAAUGACAACAGAGGAGGUGGUGAUCGAGGUGGUGGUGGCGGCAAUGACUGGGGCCGCGGUGGAGGCAGAGGAGGUCAGCGUGGUGGUCGUGGUGGAUAUGAAGGUGGUGGGUUUAGUGAUGGUGGACGAGGGCGCUCCGAUCGUGGCGGUUAUGGAGAUCGAGGCGGAGGCUACAACGAUCGUAGAGGAACCUCUUACGGAGGUGGCGAUCGCGGAGGCGACCGAGGUGGUCGUUACGGAGAUUCCGACAGAGGUAGUGAUCGAGGAUCAUAUGGUGGUGGUGGUGGCGGCGGCGGCGGCGGCUACAACGAUCGUAGAAGUGAUGCGGGUGGUUAUGGUGACCGUCGUGGUGGUAGUCGCGGCGAUGGAGAUGGCAGUUAUGGUGAUAGACGUGGAGGCGGGGAUCGUGGUGGAGAUCGUGGCUAUUCAAAUUUUGGAAGCCGGCCUAGGAGAGAUUCGGAUCGCAAAGCUCCGACAGAAGAAUUCCGUGAGCCCAAUGCUGAGGAAGCGGCAGCUCGUCCCAGGCUGAAUUUGCUUCCGCGUUCAGUUGGGGCCCCUCCGGCCGCACUUGCACCUACAAGCCAGACAGCGAGCAUCUUCGGUGGAGCACGUCCACGAGAGGAAGUUUUGAAGUCCCGACCUGAUGAUCAAAACUCUUCAUAAGGAAAAAAAAGGA